GCCAGAAAGGCUAGAUGCGGAAUACCGCGUGGCUGCGCCCCUGCCAUUUCCUCUUCCUCCUCCUCCUCCUCCUCCUCCUCCUGCUCCCCGCCUUCCCAAUGCUCUUUCUAUCCAUAUGGGCGCGCGCGAGACGGAAACGCUCUUGCCCCUUGCCUUCGCUCGCCUCUCAACUUUGCACAUGCCCAGAGGGCGCUCUCUUGAGCUGUGCCGCUGCAGACGCUGCGGCGGCGGAAAGCGGGCACAGGGGGUGCGGGGUGACUUCGCCGUCUUUUCCCUCGCUUUGUGGGGUGCGAAGAGGAGAGGAGAGGAGAGGAGGAAGACCGAAGGGAUCCUGCAAAAAUUCUGAGGACGGCGGCAGAAGAGAAGCGGCGCAGAGAUGUCAACCCCCAAGGCAAAGAGGAUCAAGUUUUCCGAUGAAGAGAAGUUUCUCAUCCUUGAGGAAUUUUCUCUCCGCAAGGACAUCCUGAUGCCCAAGAACGGCCGCUACAAGAACACCGCAGACCGCCAGCAGGCCUGGGAAGAGAUCGCCACGGCCGUGAAUUCCCUGAACCCACUGGUGCAGCGCACGCCGGAGGAGAUCCGCAGGAAGUGGAAGAACAUGGUGGUGGAUGCCCGCAAGGAGCAGACCAUCGAGAAGCACCCGUUGCUGCGGGGGCAGCCUCGCGACCGGCUCUUCCGCAACAUCUUUGCUCUCCUCAACACGUCGGAUGGCGCAUUUUCCCAACCGCUGCUUUAUGGCCCCCCGCGGAGGGCAGCGCCUUCCAGUGGAAGUCCUCCACCGACGGGCAAGCCCCUCCCAGAGACACCCUGCAUUUUCUACCUCUGCAGCGACAGCCGCAACCCCCAGCCCCCCAAAACCAAGACGCCUCAAGACUCCAAAGCGAGCGCUGCAGCAGCCGCGGAGCUCGUCUUGCCGGGGCAGGCCCUCGCUGACCAGCCGGCGGCGAUGCCACGAUCUGACAGGGAUGCCGGGCGUGCUGAGGGAGGCACCCACGACAGAGAGGAAAAGCCACCCAUCCAGCCUUGCAAAAGUGGGACGUUGGACAGCCCGCGGGCCGGUGAAGAGCGCUGCACGCAGAGCCCCGGGAGAGCUUCGCCCCAAAUCCAGGAACCUGUGGGGACUGGAGACUGUAAGGUUUCCCAGCCUAGGAACUGCUCCUCAGACCUCACCCUGACCUGUAAGAUCGAAUGCCCCCUCAGCCCUCUGCAGUGGCCUUACUUAGGAGCAGCUGGCAGCCCCAUGACCCAAAGCAGCAGUGCUGGCAGUCCCAGUUCUGAUGGCCUCCACUCCACGAUGGAUGAUAAUGUGAGCAUGCCUGCAGAUGAAGACUUGCCGUCUGGACAGAGGGAUGCCUCAGUACCCCCCCGAGAGUCGCUGGGAGAGUUUUUGGAUAAGCAGAAGCAGCUGCAAACAGAGGUGCUGGAGCUGCAGAAGGAGACGCUGCAGCUGCAGAAGGAGAAGAUCCUUCUGGAGAAAGAGAAGCUGCUGCUGGAAAUCCUCAAGCUUCGGCGUGAGCUGGACACCUGAACAGGUGGACACAAACGUUUGCCUCCAGUCUCCUUUCCCUCCAGUGACUUGCUAAAUCCUCGUUAUCAUCAUUGCCUUGAACAUGUGCAGAGUGCCUUUCUCAUCACACGUUACCGCAAAUCACCUCUUGGCUUCUGGGAUCAAGAUUAAGGCUUGCAAAUGAGGCUUCAAUCCUGGCACCUCCAGUUCCCGUACAGAAGAGUGACCAGACUGAGGUAGCCUUACUACCCCUUCCGUCCUAGCGAGGCCCACUCUGACCGGCAGCAGCUUUCCAGAGCUGAGCUCCCUCUGAGCUCUGCUAUCGGGAGAAAGAACCAUUGCUCUGUGCAGUAUUUUCCCCCUGUUCUCACUUACGGGCUGAAGGAUCUUUAAGAUAAAACUUGCUGGCAUUUUCAGCCUCGCCGGUUUUGUCUUCGCCCCACUCACCACUGAAACUCGCCGUCCGAGAGCUUUUCCCAAACAGAACCUGGCCCGUGAGCCCAAAAUGGUCCAACAUCCCCAGUGGAGAUGCUAUCAGGUGAGACCUGCAUCUGCCUUGAGUUGGUGUGCAGCAAAGGCCCAUGUUCUGGACAGCCUUCCAACUGGAGAUACUGGGAUCCGAACCUCUGCACCCUCCUGCCCGUGCCCAGGUGCUUUUCCCGCUGCUGUGCGCCCGUGCGCGGCCCCAUGGAACACGCUUCUGACUUCUCCCCUGGCAGGGAAAAACAGUGACUGCAGCUUUAAAACGCCCUACUUAAAAACACCAAAGACAAUCCUUGCCAGGAGUGCACCAGCUCCUCUGUUCCGAAGCCCCGCAGGAAAGGCACCUGAGUGGGGAGGGGGGCUCUUUUCCAGCGCACCCCUCCAUUACCUGGGCUUUGUAUAGCUCCCACGUGCGCCUUUGAAGUGGCAAAUUGUUACGUGAGUAGAUGUUGAUGUGAUCUUUUACUGUGACUUCCCACAGCCCAGGUCCUUCCAAGAGCUUUGGACUACAGCACCCAUCAUCCACGAGCACUGCUAAGGUGCUGGAUGUGGAUGGUGGGAGUUGUAAUCCACCGUAUCUGGAGUGACCUGCCAGCCAAAGAUUUGCCAGGAUCAUUCCAAUGCAGUGUUCCCCAACAUCGCCAAUUAGUGACUGCUUUCCCAGCCCGGUGGCUGAUUGUUUUGUGAUGUCAUGACUUUGGUGAGCUUUUCCCUCUGUUUAAAAGGCUGAAAUGCCUCUCCUGAGGCUUAGAGGCCAGCAAAUUUUAAGAUGCAUUGUGAUUGGCUCCGCCCCUUUGCCUUUGCCCCGCCUCCUUCCAUCUUCAGCCCCUCCCAGUACUGCAGUGCCACCACUGAGACCUUCCCGGAAACCAAAUUUGGCCUUCCAGCUGAAAGAACUCCAACACCCCGUCCUUCAGCCUAGCACCCCAUCUCUGAGGUCCUGCCCCAUCUUGACUUAGGAGUGUUUUUCUCCCAGACCUGUUUUCUCCACAACAUACCCAUUCUGGCUCUCAGGCACAAUAUCAUCAGGUUUCAGUUUUGCUCUGCUUCCUUUCGCCAUCUGGACCAACCUCUCCUUCCUCCCCGUUCAGGAGCCAAUACACAUCUCCCGGCAUGGGAUUUUGCAAUCUCUCCAGAACCUUGUCCACUCCUCCCCAUUUCUUUCCUUUUUCAGCAUGUCCCAAUUGCCCUGUCUUCCCCUGCCCUGCACCUUCAGCCUCUGGAGCCCCUUUCCUUCAGGCCCGCUGCAGUACCCUCUUCACAUUCAUCUUCUCAGCCUGCUCCUGCAGAGGGCUUGCAGCCCACCCAAGCCAACACCUUUCCCACCGCCUGCAGAAUGUGGCAGUUCCCUGCUCAGCUCAGCCUGUGAAUUCCAGAGGUGUCGCUGCGACAAGGCAAAAUGGCGUCCCCGGAGGAACCCCUGCAGGGCUCUUAGUUCCUCCCUUUUCAUCCAUCCACCGACUUUUUUGGAGGAGGGAAAUGGAGCCCUCCCUCACUCCAGGUAUGCCCACAAGGAUGGAGAAACGGGAUGCCCCAUGAUGCUGAGUAUCGCUCUGGACCCUUCAUACUAGCAUUCAUUUCUUCAGAAUGUGUUUCUGCCCCUCUCUUUAGCUGGAAAGGCUCCCAAAGUGGCUACUAGGAAUCUGUCAUUAGACCUUCUCAGCCUGUAGGCUGACAGUGUAAAAAGUCCGUGAGACACAAGGAAAGGGGUUGGGGAGGCAGAAGGAUCACAGAACACAAAGGUGACGCUCCGUCUUUUGCCCAGGCAGGUGGGAAUACACCGGUGCUGCGCCAAACUUGACUCAGGUGCGCACCACAUCUUUUGAUCUCCUGGGCUGGCCUGUUCCUUUCUUCUCUUCUGUGGCGUUGCUUCUUUGGAGUUCAAGCUCAUCUGUGUUUCGUCUGCCUCUUCUUCAGGGAAGGAUGCUUCUCAGAUGACUUUCUGAUGACCGUUGAGGGGCGGGGAGGGCCUCCGGUGGAGACCGGAUGGUGACCACUCACCAGGUUCACAUUAACCAGAUGAAGGCUGUGUGGGGUGCAGAGUACGGUCCCACACAUUCCCUGGGCUUUUACCAAAUGCGAGAGAGGAAUGAAGGAGCAGUCCUCUGUGUCCUCAUUUUAAAAGUUUGGGACAAUGCCUACAAAUGGUUGAUGGACGGCCAUAUUAAAUGAGAGAGGCUAAAGA